AUAGGUGCUACGAAGCGCGCGUGGGACCGUACUACGCCGCUACGGUUGCAAAGUUCUACGAAGUUUUGUGCCCGUAGUUACGAUGUGUAGUUGUUAUAAGUGAUUCUUUUGUGGAUUGUUAGAGGUACUCGAAUAUAAUGGAGCAGAUAACGAAGUACAUAAUAAUCAUAACCUCACUUUUAACAGUGACCCCAUUAGUCACAGAAAGCAAAAACGACACGAAACCUAAAAUUGACAGACGCUAUUACCAGAUGCCAAUAUUCAUUAACGUGUGCGAUAUAAGCGAUCGUCGCUCAAAAGUGCAUUGCUACUGUGACAGUAACAAACCAAAAUUGGCGACUAGAGCUGACUGCUGGAUAUUUAGCGGCGGACUCACCGAAGAUGAUCCGAUUUGGCUCAGUUUUUCCUCUCAGUCAGAAAUAGAACAUCUCAUUUUUAAUGUACGAAUCGAUGACGCAUUGACGUUCAUCCCAGCGAAGGCCAUAGUUAGACUAGACAAAUUAAAGUUUCUCUCCAUUCAAUUUGGAACUAUUAAACGAAUCCCGCCCUACGCAUUCACGAACUCUUCAACAGUUCGACAGAUACUACUGAAGUCGAAUAAAAUAUCUAAAUUAGAUAAACACUCGUUCUCCCAACUUAUGAUGCUUUCGAAUCUUAGUUUAGAAGACAAUCUGAUAUCUGAACUUAAGAGGGAUGUAUUCUUUAACCUACCCAACUUACAUGUACUGCACUUGACGAACAAUAACCUAAGUUUGUUGCACGAAGGAUGUUUCAAACACUUGAACAAUCUGAUAGAAUUAAGAUUGGAUAUGAAUUAUAUCUCGGUUGUGACUAAAGAAAUGUUAGAAGGGCUAGAGAAUCUAUCCAGAUUGAAUUUGAAGAACAAUAAACUGACAAUGAUCGGGAAUCUCGCUUUCAGCGAAUUAUGGGGAUUAAAAGAAUUGAUGUUGGACAAUAAUGCGAUUGAGUACAUAUCGGAGCGCGCGUUCGGCGGACUGAUUCAGUUAAGAAAGUUGACAUUGUCGGGUAACAAGUUGACAUCGUUUUACGACGAUAUACUGGAGGAUAUAAGUAGUCUCAUCGUGCUGGAUUUGAGGGAUAAUCUGUUGACGACAAUGUCGUACGAAACUGUCAGGCCUGUUGUGGAAAACGAUAAGGCGCUCUCGUCAGUUGUUUAUUUAGAUGGUAAUCCUCUGAGUUGCAAUUGCCGUCUCUCCUGGAUUUAUACCCUUCGCAAUGAAACAAAAGACAACACACUCAGACAGGCUCUAGACAAAGUAACAUGUGUCGCUGAAAACAAUGAGAUUGAUAGAAGUUUAAACGAUCAAAUUGAUGAACAAGUAGAAAAUCCUGUUUCAACUAAUGAAAAUUACGACUAUUACGACAAAAAUGACGAAAAAGAAGAAACGGUCACAGAAACGAGAGGUAAAGCUAUUAAACUAUUAGAUUUACCGGUAGAAGAACUACCAUGCCCAAAAGAACUGAUGCGAUCUAUUGAAGAGUCAUAUGGUCACCCAAUUCAGAACGAAAUUAGGUUGAAGGCAUAUUCAAAAGACGAUAGAAACUUACCACAUAUAAUCCUUAUCGUAAUGAUGAUGCUUAUCUAAGAUGUUAAUAACGAAUCAAUACUAUUUGUGAUAUUAGAUGUUAAAAUUUUAACUGUAGUCUGGACUUAAAAUAUGUAAAACGUUACCAACUUCUGUUGUUUGAAGGUAGAUUUGGAAAAGUUAAAUUAAUCUUCGAAACUUAACAUUGGCUUAAGUUAUAACUUUGGUUUCGAAAAUUGUAAGAUGUCUGUUGAACUGAAACCUACGCGUUUAUAAAUUUAAUGUAUAUAAUGUUAUAAAUUACAUUUAUAGUUAAUUACUAAAUAUUAACGUUAAGAUAUUUCUAAGGAAGCUUUUCAGUCAAGUUAUUUCAUCUGCAAAUAAAUCAACAAGUUUGCUUUGAACAAAGCUUUUUCUGCGAGAACUUGGUAGUCAUUUUUGUAGAGCAAGUUUAUAAAGCACAAUAUAACUUGAGACCAGAGUUAAAUAUUAAAUGAAUUCCACAAACUUUUGUCACGGCCUUGUUAAGUGAAACGCUAAUAUUUUAAAAGCAUAUCGGAGUUGUUUCGCCAUGAAGUAGGUUACUUUAUAGGUUCUAAGGCCGGUUAUAGUAUUAUGCAUUUAUGAUUGUCCUGGAAAGGAUAUAACGCAGAGAAGCACAUACGCGUUAUAUAUAAGGAUCUUGUUUAUACUAAAAUCAGACAUUGAAGACAAGGUUUUAUAGAAAAAAAUAGUAUAGUCACCCAUCAACUAUAAAACUAAACAGUGUACUUAAUAUGAGCUCUGCAACAGUACCAACAAUACAUACCGUCGUUACAGGUGUAAUAAUAAAUGUUUGUAUGGAAAUUUUAUUUUAUCUGAAUCCAAUAGAAUGAAGCGUUA